AUGCCGCGUGCACAGGUGACUGCGGACUCCGUGGACGGUUGGUCGGAUGGAACACCACGUCGGCGCCGUCGUGACGAGGUUCUGUCUGGCACACCGCUGGUCAGCCGGUGGGAUCGAUCUCCGAAUUGGCACCGUCGACACGCGCCCAUCUGGUGCACCGUAGGAGACCGCAGGUUUGCAGCAAUGCCGUAAGCCAUUGGCAAAUUCGAGUCGUUCAUCCACUGCCAAAAAACUCGUGGCCCACAGUGGAGUUCGGCCGCGCCGGCACAUCAAGCAGCCCUAUUCAGGGUCAGGGCACUGCUUCCUUCGGGGCGGGCCUGGAAAAGCUGGCCUAAAAAUUGCUGGGGAACCACGUCGUCUGCUGGUUCACAGUGGUCGCAGACGCAAAACUCACGAUCGAAACAACCAAAAUCGAAACAACAACAACAACAACCAUACUCAUUCUCCUCAUCCUACCUCUUCUUCCUCUACCUCCGUCUAUUCUUUUGCUUAUUCUUCUCCUUCGUCAUCUUCUUCUCCACCUCCUUCCCGUCGCCCCACUUGCUUUCCCCAGACUGACAGGGUGAGCCAGCUCACUCUGGCAGCCUGGAAUGUUCGUUCCGUUUUAGACAAUCCGAGGAGCAACCGACCGGAACGGAGGACGGCACUUGUGGCACGAGAACUGGCGCGCUACAAGGUGGACAUCGCCGCACUCAGGAGACCCGAUUCUCCGAACAAGGCCAACUGGAGGAGGUGGGUGCCGAUUAAACCUUCUCCUGGAGUGGUCUACCCAAGGCAGAGCGACGAGACGCGGGUGUCGCCUUCGCCAUCCGGAACGACAUCGUGGGACGACUGCCCAGUCUGCAGCAAGGCAUCAACGAUCGCCUGAUGAGCCUCCGCCUGCCUCUCUGGGGAGGCGAAUUCGCCACCAUCAUCAGCGCCUACGCUCCGACGAUGACCAACCCCGACGCCGUCAAAGACAAAUUCUACGAGGACCUGCACGCCCUCUUGGCGACUGUGUCGAAGGCGGACAAGUUGAUUGUCCUUGGCAACUUCAACGCCCGCGUCGGCACAGACCAUACUGCCUGGAGGGAAGUGCUGGGUCCCCACGGUCUCCGCGGCUCCAACGACAAUGGUCUGCUGCUUCUCCGCACCUGCGCAGAACACCGCCUCAUCCUGACGAACAUCUUCUUCUGUCUGCCGGAGCGAGAGAAGGCCACCUGGAGGCAUCCUCGGUCGCGUCAGUGGCACCUGCUGGACUAUGUCCUCGUCCGGAGGCGAGAUCAGCGGGAUGUGCUGGUGACGAAGGCGAUCGCGGAUGCUGACGGGUGGACCGACCAUCGCCUCGUCAUCUCGAAGAUGCGUAUUCGCCUACAGCCUCGCAGGGACAACAAGGUUAGCGACCCCCGGGUAAGCUGAAUGUUGCUCUGUUGUCUUUGCCCUCUCACCGUCUUUAUUUCAGCAAUGAGCUAGCUCAACGGCUAGACAACCUUCCAAUCGCUGCCGACGCCGCCGUCGCUGCCGAGAACGCCUCCGUGGAGAACCGCUGGUGUCAACUGCGAGACACGGUCCAGUCGACGGCGCUCGCCGUCCUUGGUCGCGCUCCCCGUCAACACAAGGACUGGUUCGACGACAACGACGCCGCCAUCAGAAAUCUGCUUGCUGAGAAGAACCGCCUACACAAAGCCUACGUAGAUCAUCCCACUGAGGACAACAAAGCUGCCUUCUACCGCAGUCGCCGCCAACUUCAGCAACGUCUGCGCGAGAUGCAGGACGCCUGGACUGCUCGCAAAGCUGAGGAGAUCCAAGGGUACGCGGACCGGAACGAAUGGAAGAACUUCUUCUCCGCGAUCAAAGCUGUCUACGGUCCGCCGACGAAGGGCACCGCUCCUCUCCUCAGCGCCGACGGCAGCACUCUCCUGACUGAGAAGACGCAAAUCCUACAGCGAUGGGCCGAGCAUUUCCGAGGCGUCCUCAACCGCCCCUCCGUCAUCUCCGACGCCGCCAACGCCCGCUUGCCGCAAGUGGAGACCAACGUGGACCUCGACCUCCCGCCAUCUCUCCAGGAGACCAUCAGGGCCGUGCAGCAGCUCUCCAGCGGGAAAGCACCCGAAUCGGACGCAAUCCCUGCUGAGGUCUACAAGCAUGGUGGUCCCCAACUGAUGGAUCACCUGACUGCGCUCUUCCAGGAGAUGUGGCGUCAAGGUGAAGUCCCGCAAGAUUUCAAGGACGCAACAAUCGUGCACCUAUACAAACGCAAAUGA